GAUCAGUACUACACAUCGAACGAACCACGUGAUCAUGCUCCUGAAGAUGAGCACUUGUCUCUUCUUCAAGCAGAUAGACUUAGACAGAAUAGUUAUUUACAAUCUUCUAGUCGUGAAGGGCAGAUGACGAAGUCAGAGGAUGCCUUAUCCGGGCACGGUCAUGGAAGAGCUGCGCAGCACAUAGUCCUGACGGAAACAGGGGAGAAGAAGCGAACAAGAAUCAAACAUGGAGACAUCUGGAGUUCAAUCUUUGGCUCAUCUUCGAGUUCUGCUUCUUCUGACGGGAGUAGUUCAUCAAGCUCUUCAGCAGGAGCGACAUCUUCUUCUGGUGGAAGCGGUACUGCUGCAUCGUCUAUUAGUGCUAGUGACCACUCUGCCUCAUCAAGUUCAACUUCCAGUGGCGGAGGAAUUUGGCCUUGGUCUUCAUCAGGAUCGAGUCAAGCUUCAUCUAGUGGCUCUUCUUGGUUAGGAGGCAGUAGCGCGGCUACUUCAACUUCCACAAGUUCUAUUAAGAAAAAUAGGAUUCUCAGCACGAAAGAGUCACAGAUGAUGAAGGAAUACAGGGAAGAGGAAAAGAGGGAAGCCAAUAAACAGCUACAAAGGGCAGUUGAGAGGAAACAACGCGCAGAAUUGCAUAAGUACAGUCGAGAAAGAGAACAACUAAAGAAGGAGAUCUUAGAAGAGCUGCUGCAAGCACAUAGGGAAAAGAAGAAGGGAGAGUCUAUGGCAGGAGAGCAAGACAAAGACUCUUCGUCGUCGAAAAGUAGUGAAGGGGAUCCUUUAGAUGCGUUGUUAGAUGCCCAUAUGAACGAAGAUGAGAACAAGGCGGGAAAAAGCAGUAAAAAUACAAAGUCAAAAGAAGUAGGAGAUCCUUCG